UUGGGAGAUGCGUACCGCCGCGGUCGCUACGGUCUCGUGAAAUCCGAAAAGAAAGCCGCGAAGAUUUACCGGCGCGCCGUGGAGCUCGGCAACGUGGACGCGAUGAUACACCUUGGAUUAUUGUACGAGAACGGAAGUGGCGUCAAGCUGGACAAGAAGAAGGCGAUGAAACUGUAUCGCGCGGCCGCAGACCGAGGCGACGCGGUCGCGCAAUUCGAUUUAGGGGUUUUACUUGAAUCUGAGAAGAAAUUUGAAGAAUCUAUCCGGUACUACGCGCUCUCGGCGGAUCAAGGCGAUACCGAUGCGGAGUAUUGCCUUGGCCUUUGUUACAGGGACGGACGAGGCACGGAAGUCGACCUCGGCAAAGCCAGAUACUGGUUCGAGCGCGCC